AAACCUCGAAUCGCCUAGGCAUUGGCAUCGCGAGAGCAUAAGACCUGGAAAUGAAAGCGAGAACGUCAUAUGAAGAUGCCAAUUGCUACGACUUACUGCUUCAAAACGACCGCCCUUACAUACGGAUCGAAACAUGGGAUUAGACAGCUGCAUAUUAAACCAUCGAAUACAGCUUCUGUGCGCCUCUUCAAUUCAACCGUUGGAUUGCGACAUGAUCUGAAGUCAUCGAACACAUCAAAGAUGGGUUCGACUAGCCCUCGCCCACCUUCUGUCGAUAUUAGAUUCUCGAAUGACCCUCCGACUGUUCAUAGUCACCCUGUUGGACUCUUUGUUAACAACUGCUUCUCAAUAGCAUCAAGCGGGGAGUGUAUAACUACUCUCGAUCCAAUUACGGAUCGAGAAGUUGCGAACGUUCCUCUUGCUUCUUCUGAAGAUGUCGAUCGUGCCGUUAGGGCGGCUAAAUCGGCGUUUGACAACAUCUGGAAAGAUAUGUCUGGAACAGAGAGAGGGAGAUACUUGGCUAAGCUUGCUGAUCUACUUGAAGAAAACAAGCAAUACAUAAGCCAAGUGGAGGCUUUGGAUACUGGAAAACCUGUUGAUGUAGUAUUGACGGAAGAACUGCCGGAAUGCGUCAACGUCUGCAGAUACUAUAGCGGAUGGGCUGAUAAGAUUUACGGCCAAUCAAUCCAGCCUUUCAAAGAAAAAAUUGCUUUUACGGCACGAGAGCCGUUAGGAGUAUGCGCGUUGAUAGUGCCGUGGAACUAUCCUUUAAUGUUAUCAAUAUGGAAAAUGGCCCCAGCCCUUGCAGCUGGAAACACUAUCGUCCUGAAAAGUUCCGAACUCACGCCAUUAUCUGCUUCGUAUUUGGGAUACUUGGCUGCGGAGGCGAAUUUUCCGCCCGGUGUCAUCAACAUAUUAUCUGGUGAUAGUACAACCGGUAAAUCAUUGUCCAGCCAUCCGGGAAUUAACAAGAUAUCCUUCACUGGCUCGCUCGAAACUGGAAAACAGAUCAUGAAGGCAGCAGCUCAGAAUAUGGUGCCAGUGACCCUUGAGCUUGGCGGAAAAUCCGCAGCACUAGUCUUUUCUGAUGCUGAUAUUGAUCAGGCUGUCAAAUGGUGUCAUGCCGGAAUCAUGAGUAACGCAGGUCAAAUCUGCACCGCCACAUCACGAAUUUAUGUUUCGCAUGAGAUAUAUGAGUUAUUUUUGCGGAGUCUUGCUGAUUACACGGCAGAGAAGUCUAAAGAAUCUCAAUUUCAGCAGCCACAGAUUUCGAAAAAGCAACAGCAGAAGAUACAGAGAUAUAUACAGUCAGGACUUAGUGAAGGUGCACGACUAAUAUACAGCGAAGACACCGGUUCAGAGACCGGAUACUUUGUUGGAGCUACCAUUUUAGCAGAUGUUGGCGAUGACAUGACCGUGUCCACUGAGGAGAUAUUUGGACCGGUUGCUGUAUGUGACUCAUUCAAUAGCAUGGAAGAAGCGGUUAUGCGCGCCAAUUCUUCUUGUUAUGGACUUGCUAGUGCGAUAUUUACUGCUGACAUUACUCGAGCGUUGCAAGUAGCUCGGAAUCUUCAAGCUGGAACAGUCUGGAUAAAUUCUUCGAAUGAUAGUGAUUUCCGUGUCCCUUUUGGAGGAUAUAAAAAGAGUGGUUUUGGACGAGAGCUUGGUGAGCACGCUUUGCAAGCGUACACUCAAGAAAAAUCGGUCCAUAUCAAUAUUGGUAGUCGCCUCUGAGCUUUUUAGUCAUACUAUUAAUACUGGUCUCGAUACCUGCUGCCAUAGCCAUUAUCAUUUUGUUUCUUUUCUAUUUUAGAUCUUGAUCCUGCUUGAGAUCUCCAUGUCUGUUGAUUGACAGACCAUUAGUCAGUCCAAAAUAGCCUAACUGUUGCACAUGGACUAUAGAAUAGAUUGAUCAUCAUCAUCAUAUUGGUCAGUAUUCUGCACCACAUCGGCAGUGUUGCAAGCUUCUGUGCCUGACUAAACUUCUUUAGAACUUAUUUUCAGCACAAUAGUAAUCCAUGAUGAUGAUGAUGAUGAUGAUGAUGAUGA